AUGAAAGGACAGAAAGGAGAGCAGAACAAACUCCUAACUGGAGGAGACUCACUCAUGGCCUACGAGACAGAGGAUCAGGAGACUCAAUACUGCUUUCCUGACAUCAACUCAUCAUGUGUGAAGGAGAGACGCUCCAGUCAUGGAUAUAACAUCAUAUAUGUGUUUGUGUCAUUGCUGUCAGCAUGGACUGUGUUUCUGAACCUGCUGGUGAUCAUCUCCAUCUCUCACUUCAAGAAGCUUCACACUCCAACCAACAUGAUUAUUCUCUCUCUGGCUGUGGCUGAUCUGUUUAUUGGACUCAUCAUACCUAUAGAGGCCAUCAGAAUGACUGAGUCCUGUUGGUAUUUUGGAGACAUUGUCUGUGGACUCUAUUUGGUAUCUGUUGAAUUACUCCUUUCAGCAUCUCUUGGAAAUUUAAUCUUAAUUGCUGUUGAUCGUUAUGUGGCUGUGUGUCACCCUUUACUGUACCCACAGAAAAUAACCAUCACUAAAACACUAAUAAGUAUCUGUCUGAGCUGGGCUUGGUUUUCAACAUAUAUCAUUGCCCUUGUUAUUAAUAAUAGAUAUUUUGACAAUUCACACAGAACAGAUGUGUGUUAUGGACAGUGUUUGGUCAUGGUGAGUUUUAGUUGGACAGUCACUGAUCUGUUCAUGUCUUUUAUUUUUCCUUGCACUCUGAUCAUACUGUUAUAUUUGAGGAUUUUCUAUGUCGUUCAUCAGCAAGUGAAGGUUAUAAACUCUCUGAUGAAGGGUGGUAAAUGUGUAACGGAGGGUUCAGUGAAGAGGAAAUCUGAGAGUAAAGCUGCUCUGACUUUAGGAAUCAUUGUGGCAGUUUAUCUGCUUUGCUAUAUUCCAUAUUAUAUCUGCUCUCUAAUUGUAAUCUCCUCUUCUACUGCUAUGAAUGUUAUAAUAUGGUUUUUGUAUGUUAACUCAGGUCUGAAUCCUCUGGUUUAUGCUUUGUUUUACCCCUGGUUUAAAAAGACAGCCAAACUCGUUUUAACUCUGAAAAUAUUUGACCCAGCAUCCUCUCUGAUCAAUAUUUUUACAGAACAUGAAUAAUAAUCACUAGCAAAGCUGUCACUAAUAUACAUAUAAUAAAUCUUUAAUUUCUCUGUAAUUUUCACUACUCGUGUUAUUCAUUAUUACAGAGCUUAGUUCAACCUGCAAUUUUAAUGUUUAAGUAACUAAUGAUGUGUUGCUGUGAAAACUGAAUAAAGAUGUGUGACAGUA